GACAGAGGUCUAUAAAGUGACCUGAAGUCAACCAUCCCUCUCUGCAUUCAAUCAGACAACACACUCACGAUCCCAACAUCAAUCCAUCAAGCUCAAUCAACCUUCCCCUUUCUCUAAACACAACAACAAUCAUGUCUACUCACGGAUCCGGUCAGUCCAGCGUCGGCAACCGCGCCAUCUACGAGGCCGGCGACCAGCGCAACGUCCCCCAGGCCGAGUUGAACGAGCGUGCCCGCUACGCCGAGGGUCAGACUCACAGCCACAAGAACCUGGACUCCAAGGACCAACGCUCCAUCGCCAACAAGCUCGCCUCGCAAGAAAACAAGCCCGAGAGCGACCACCACCACAACUUCACCAAGGACCCCGAGGCCGAGCUCAGCAAGCAGGAUCCCACGAAGCCUGCCAAGCUCCACGGCAACAAGCCCUCCAAGGGCGCCCAGAUCGACGCCGAACUCCAGGCCGAGGACGAGCAGAGACUCAAGGAGAAGGGGAUCAAGCACUAGAGGGAGGAAAUAUGCCUGAAGCUGGACU